CCCUCCCUCCCUACUUGUACUCGACGGCCACCUUCAUUCACUUCCUCGUUCCCACUCCACUCUCCAAGCAGAGUUGUCCUAACCAUAUAACUAUCCUCUGCCGCGGUGCCACCAUGAGGAUGAUAGACUUGGCCAACCAAAGAGGCCCAUUGGGCGUCAUCGACACCGCUACUGCCGUCGAAUGCGGCCGCGAGGUUCGCUACCGUCGCUCUUUCCGCUCCCUCGUGGAGUGCGUUGUCCCCUGCUGCGGUCUUCAGACCUCCGACGACUCCGACUCGCUCUCCACCGCCUCCAUUGCCGAGUCCACGACGACUCACUGCUCCCCGACCACCGCCACCGCCACCGUCACCGGCACCUUCUUCGGUUACCGGAGGGGAAGGGUCAGCUUCUGCCUCCAGGACGACACCCGCAACUCCUCCCCACUCCUCCUCCUUGAGUUCGCCGUCCCCACCUCGUACCUCGCCAGGGAGAUGCAGUACGGCUUCCUCCGUAUAACCCUCGAGUGCAACCGCCGGGCCGGGGCUGUCGGUGGCGGCGCUGGGCCGCUGUUCGAGGUCCCCGUCUGGACCAUGUACUGCAACGGGAGGAAGGUGGGGUUCGCGGUGAGGCGUCAGGUGGGCGGUGGUGACGCGGCGGUGCUGAGACUGAUGCGUUCCGUGUCCGCUGGGGCCGGGGUGCUCCCGGUGGGGCCGAAGAGCGGCGAGGACGGGGACCUGCUCUACCUGCGGGCCGGGUUCGAGCGGGUUGUCGGGUCGGCUGAUUUGGAGUCGUUCCACAUGAUAAACCCAGUCGGGAGUUCGGGUCAAGAGCUGAGCAUCUUUCUCUUGCGGUCAUGACGUGGAGGGUGGGCCCACAGAUGUUUUUUAUUUUAUUUAGCAUGAAAUGAAAAGCAUAUUGAUAUAGCCCCGCCAUGUUGUAAUAUAUAAUGUCUCUGAUUUUGAUCAAGAAAAAAGAUUUUAUUAUGUAUUGAUCAAUAUUUAAAUAGAAUCUUCACUAUUUGCCAA